UUUGCCAUCUCCCUUAACAUGCACCAUCUCCUCUCCACCUCCUCCUCCUCCGUCUUCUUCACAAGCGCCACUGCCAUGCCUACACUCAACCCCUCAAAACCCAACAACAACAACCACCACCACCACAGCAAGCCGCCGAACCCCAGCCCCGGCGGUCUCUCCGGCCACCACCAUCCCUCCUCCCUCUGCACCCACUCCCCCUCCGCCACCCUCGACCUCCUCAUCCUCGUCCUCGUCCUCUUCUCCGGCGCCUUCCUCGUCUCCUCCUACUUCUCCUACAUCUUCAACUCCCUCUCCCUCCUCCUCUCCCACCCCGCCACCACCGCCACCAUCCACCUCCGCCUCGAUCUCCCCGUCGUCCCCUACGCCCUCGGCUUCGCCGCCUUCUUCGUCGCCGCCGCUGCCCUCCUCGAGUGCUGCUGCGGCGCCCGCUCCCGCCGCUGCGACCGCCCCGGCUGCAAGGGCCUCAAGAAGGCCAUGGAGUUCGAUUUGCAGCUCCAGACCGAGGAGUGCGUGAGAUCGGGCUCCUCCAAGGAGAUCGACCGCCUCCCUUGGAAGGGCGUUACCGAGUCAAACCCUGAUUACGAGUGCCUCCGCGCCGAGCUCCGGAAGAUGGCCCCUCCCAACGGCCGCGCCGUCCUGCUCUUCCGGGCACGCUGCGGCUGCCCCGUCGCCAAGCUCGAGGGCUGGGGGCCCAAGAAGGGCCGGCGACACAAGAAGGCCUUGGCCGGUGUUGCUCACAAUGGGAAAGGAGAUAAGGGUUGAUUGUGGCGAUCGCUCUGAGGGGUCUGCCCGACAUUUCUACCAUCAUGUCCACCUCUCAGAUUCCAGUGCCUUGCUUCUUUCUGGAAGACCGCUUUAAUCUUAUAGGUCAUAUCUUCUUCAAUUAUGUCUGGGAAAAAUACCUUCCAUGUACUGCACAUUUCCAACUCAGUUGGAAGGACACACCACAAUAUGAUGCGAAUAAGUUCAUAAAUAACAGCUCAGAAUAUCGAAAUUGGUUAUA